AUGGCCACCUGCUCGGACGAGGUGCGCGUCGCCAACGUGAGCUUCGCGCCGGGCGCGUCGCACCUGAAGCUGCAGCUGCGACUGCAAGACGAUCGCAAGAGCUUCUUCCGCCUGAGCUCCGAGAAACUGGAGCGCGUGCGCUACCGUCUGCAGCUGCUGGCGUCCGCUUCGAGCCGCUCCUCCAAUGGCUCCAAGGCCAAGAAGAAGCACAAGAAGAAGCACAGCAGCAAGAACGGGACUUCUGGCGGCGCUGCGCCCUCCGUCGCCGUCAAGUUCCUGGACGCCGACGGCCUGGAGAUCAACGCCAAAGUGGCGACCGUGGGCGACGCGCUGAUGCGCACCAAGAGCCUCCAGAUCGGAAGCGAGAGCUUCGUGGUGCUGCACAACCAGCCGCUUGUUACGGGGCUCAAAGUGCUGGAGCCCGUGAUGGCUGGGAUCCCUGUUACUCCAUUACCAGAGACGGAGUUCUGCACCGCCGACGAGUGUUCGUGGCGCUGGUUCCGUCUCCAGCCAGGGCAGCAGCGGACCAGUGAGACGCUGGGGACGCUCGUGGGCACCGAGAGGAGGUAUACGCCGACGCAGGAGGAGCUGGGCUGCACGUUCUACGUGGAGUGCCACGCGCCGACCGUUAGAUCGGAGUUCGCAGAGGACAGCAAGGCCGAGGUCACCACGACGCCCGUGUUGCCUGGCCCGAACCGAGACGUGUUCAAGGAGCGACGGCGCAUGGGAGCGACCAGUGCUGCGGACAAGUACCCGGACGCGGCGGAGGCCUUUCGGGUCAUGAGCUACAAUGUGCUGUACGACGGCUACGCGACUACGGACCACGCCAAGAAGAACUUGUUCCCGUACGUCGACGCGAGCGUCAUCAAGGAGACGCGCCGGAUCCAGCUCAUUCUCCAGGAGAUCGAGGAGAACAACAGCGACAUCGUCUGUCUCCAGGAAAUGGGCGAACAUGUGUUUCAAAGGUUCUUCGAGCCCAUGAUGACGUCGCUGGGCUACCAUGGGCACUACUCGGGCAAGACGGGAACGACCAAUGAAGGGUGCGCUACAUUCGUGAGGACGGCGCGGUUUGAGGUGGUCGACGAGGAUACAUUGAACCUCGGGCUGACGGUCAAGAACUCGACGAAUCCAGCAGCGCGGAGUCUGCUGCAGGACUUCCCGGAACUCGAGAAGGCUAUCAACCGGAUUCCUUCUAUCGCCCAACUCCUCGUCUUGCGUUCCAAGCUGGACCCAUCGAGGAGUAUCAUUCUGUCGAAUACGCACCUCUUCUACCGCGGAGACGCCCACUUGAUUCGACUACUCCAAGGUGUCGCUGUGGUUGACAGCGUUGGGAAACGAAAGGCCGAGCCUGGGUUUGAAAACGCGGCCGUGGUGAUGUGUGGAGACUGGAACGCUCACCCCAGGGCAGCGCUGGUUGCAUUUCUCCUGGACGGCCAGAUCGACUCGAGCCACCGACACUGGCAGCAAGCUCCGUCGUUUCGGUGGAACCUGAAGACAGAGGAGAACGACGUCAAGCACGCCAAUACUGUCCGACCGAAUCGCUUUGAGCACGAUCUCCAGCUCUUGAGUGCGUGUGGGAUCCCAGCCUUCACGAAUUACGUCACAAGCUUCGUAGACACGCUGGACUAUAUCAUGGUGGGCUCCAAGACGCUGCAGGUCCGCGACGUGUUCCCGUUUUUCACCGAGGAGGAAGUGACGCACGAGGUCGCGCUACCGUCUUCCACAUUCCCUUCCGACCAUGUCUCUCUCGUGUGCGACUUGACCUGGUGAGCGGAAGUGCUACCGAAGUGAUAGAACGACCAAGUAUUGCAAUGCAAUAUUUACAAAAUUGCUACCAUCACUGCGCCUGCGCAGUUAUUGAACAGGAGCAUCUAAUUGAGGGCAGGCUGAGCC